AUGGCAUCCAUUUCUGCGUCCCUGACGCCCGUCCCCACUCCCUCUGGCCAGGGACUGUUGGAGUUGAUUAUCAUCUUGUUGGCUCUUACCUGGGUCACAGUCAUUGCUCGCACCGCCACACGUUACAAGAUCAACGCCCUGGGCCUCGAUGACUGGCUUAUGAUUAUCGGCCUUAUCUGCUUCUCCGUCACUUGCACACUAGUCAUCUUGUCCAUCUGCCAUGGUGCUGGAGCUCGUGCCGCGCAGCUCUCUGCGUACGACAACAUGAUGGGCCGCAAGCUCAUCUACUGCCUGACCACCAUCCCCAUCAAAUGUAGCAUCUGCGUUUCCCUGCUUCGCAUUGCAACCAAACCAACCUACAAAUGGAUCCUGUACGGAGUCAUGGGCUUCACCGUCACCUCGUCCAUCAUCUUCGAGGUGGUCAUCCUCACCUACUGCCGGCCCUUUGCCGUCAGCUGGGGCGGCGCAAAAGGCACCUGCGGCGCACCGACGACCAACGCCAGCAUCGGCUACUUUUAUUCGGCCGAGUGCAUCCUGACCGACUGGACACUGGCCGUGCUCCCAGUCUUCAUGCUCCACGACGUGCAGCUGAAGCGACGUGUCAAGGUCUCCGUGUCCGUGAUCCUGGCCAUGGGUGCAUUCGCCAGCACCGCAACCAUCGUGCGUCUCCGCUACCUCGUCCUCUACAACGACCCCACCGAGUUCCUCUUCGGCGUCGCCCCCAUAGCCGUCUGGUCGCUCGUCGAAGAGGGCGUCGGCAUCGUCGCCGGCUCCCUCGCCGCCCUCCGCCCGCUGUUCAAGUACAUCCCCUUCCUGCGCAGCUCGACGGCCGGUAGUAGCAGCGGCGACGGCGUGGGCGCGAGCAGCUCUGGGCGGAUGGCGCUCCAGAGCCGGGACUCCAGCAGGGGCGCGCACCGGAAGGGGUCGGUGAAGAUGCAGAGUGUGGUGAGUGGGUCGGCUGCGUACGAUCCCGAGCACGCGGUGGGCAGGGGUGCGUAUGGGGAUAUCGAUAGCGAGAGCAAUAUCCUCAAGGAGACGGAUGUUGUCGUCGUGACGAGCGACCUUGAAGGCGGUGGCGAGCGGGGCAGGACGGCCAGCUUCAGCAGACAACACUACUGA